AUGCCUCAACGCCGAAGAGGAGAAAACUCUCCCCGGAGAGGAAGCAGAGGUGGAAGAAGAGGAAGCAGAGGUGGCCGCACUCCAGUCCAGUCAAACCCACGAAGAGGUCUUCAUCUGGUAGAUGAAGAAACUGAUGACGAAGCAGGGGAUCCUACCUUUGCUGCACCACAGGCUCAAGCCUUGUCCUCCAGCUCCUCUGAGUCUUCAUCCAACAACUCACCUUCCCCAGCAUCAACUCAGGGGGAGACGUCGCAGCCCAGCAUGGCAACAGCAGCCUCUCAACAUUCUGUUCCUGAAGGUGUUGCUGCACAUGCUCCAGAAGAUGCUGCUGCACCUACUGUUUCAGCAAAUGUUCCUCAGAAUGCUGCUGAGGAUGCUGCCCCUUAUCAGGAUGAAGAAAUGCCUGAUUUCUCUGGAAUGUCAUCAGCAGAGCAUGUAGACAUUCCAUUUGUCGAUACUCAGGAGUUCACCACUACAGAAGAAACUCCAUCAGCACCUCAGGGAGAUCCUCUGGAAACCCUGGCAGAAGCAGCAGCUCAAGCAGAUACAAUUCCUCCUCAGGCUGAACAAUCAGAGAAAAGUGAAGACAGUUGGGAGGUUCCACUAGCUACUUUUCGCAAAAACUUGUCCUCUUCUGAUUCCGAAAGUGAAUCCUCUGAAGACUCUUCUCAGCAGGAAGAAGGUGUUGCCCCACGUGCUGCAUCACCUGAACCAGCAUAUGUUCCUGAUGAGCUUGAAGAUUCAGAAGAUGAUGAUUCCUCAGAAGAAGAAGAACCAGACCAGGAUGGGAAGAACUUGUCAACUCCUUUUGAGGUAACAAAUGCUUUCAGUACUAAUUUCUAUUUUGAGUCUGAUUCACUGUUGAGUCCUCAAGUCAUGAAUUGUCAUUUCAUUGAGGAGAAGAAAAUUUCUAAGGAAGAAUUUGAUAAGCAUAGGAUAACAGCUUUUCUUCACCAAAGAAAAAUCCUUAACCUAGUUGAGAUUGCCUGCUCUUAUGAUCCCUUGGUUGUGAAAGAGUUUUAUGCCAAUUUGCAAACCUCCUUUUUAAAGAAAAACUCUCCAAACUUUGGCAAAGUUUUUGUGCGUCAAAAUAACAUUGGUACUGAGAGUGUUGCACCUCAUGUUGACAACACUUCUAACCUUCUUGUGUCUGUUCCUAGAGAUCUCCUAUUGCAGCAGCUUACUCAUUCCCUAGCUCAGAUUACCUAUCAUCAGUCCAUGGUGGAGAUGAUUCAGAAGGCUCUUUCUGAUCAAAAAGGGGGAGAAAAAGAUCAUGAAACUGAAGCAGGAACAUCUCAUCCUUUGGAUGCUAGAGGCAGAGAGCAAGGAGUCACUGAAGAGGAAGCAAAGAAAGAGGAGGAAGCUCAAGAAGAAAGCAGUGGAUCUAGUGAUGGAGGUGAAGCAGCAGCAGCAGCUGAAACUGAGGAGACCUUGGAGACUUUGGAUAUCUUACUUUAG